UUAGUUAAAAAAAACCCUGAAAAGUUUGAUUGAAAUUACCACCUCGAUUAAACCUUUGUGCAGAGCUGUUUUGUUUAUUUAUUAUUUGUAGUUCUUUUUUUCAGUAAUACAAUUAUAAAAUCAAAGUGAACAUAUAAAAUGGAAUAUGAUUGGAAAAAAGCAAUUUAUGACAUUUUACAAAAUGCUGGAUCAGUUGGCUUGCUAUUUGAUGAUAUAAAAAAUAUUCUUGGUAUCCAUGACAGCAAUUUAGUUCAAGGGCUACUUACAGAUCUUCACAGUCAAUAUCUUAUUGAAUUUACCAGUAAUCAACAUUAUCGUCUUAUUACUGGAAUAUAUCAUAACUAUCCUGCCCCAAUGAAUAAUAUCAACUAUAGUGACAAUGUUGCACCAAUGGUCAAUCAGCCUAACUCAUAUAAUAUCAACUAUGGUGAAAAUGUUGCACCAAUGGUUAAUCCGUCAAACUCAUAUAAUGUUAAUUAUGGUGAAAGUAUUCAACAGCAGAUGAUCAAUCAGCCUAAAUCAGCUGUACCUGUGAUUUAUCUUCCUGGUACAAAUAAGUUUUGCUCCUACAAAAAUAGUUUACAAGAAUAUUGCCAAAAAAGUCGUUUACCAACACCUUCAUAUAAAGUAGUUUUAAGUGGGCCGGGAAUGUAUAUUGGUAAUGUAACAUUCAACAACACCUUAGUGCAUGGAACAGUAGCAUAUCGAAUUAUAAAAGAAGCUGAAAAUAAUGCUGCAUUUGAAGCUCUUAAGCAGCUUGGGUAUUUACAUGAAAACAGUAUUUAUAUACCUAUAGCUGGUGUAAAGCGCUCAAACGAUACCCAGGAUCCAUGGUAUUCAAAGAAGCCAAAACCUGCAUUAUGUUCUAGUUUUAAAAGUAAAUUAAAUGAAUUAGCGCAAAAAAGACAUCUUGGAACACCAACUUAUCAAACUAUAUACUCAGCUGGAGGUUACCUUUCUACAGUAGUUUUUAAUGGCAGAGAAUUUAAAGGUAUGUCCCCCUGUAUGAAAAAAAAGGAUGCAGAACAAAAUGCAGCAUUUGUUGCAUACAAUGUUUUAUCUAAUGACUUAUCUAGUCUACCGCCAGUUAAAGCACCUGCUGUCAAAAAACCACCACCAGUCAAAAAUUCGCAACCAAUGAUAAGUUUUAUAUCUCAAAAUCAAGAUCAAAAAACAAAUAACACAGAAAAGAAAAAAUCCAUGGUUAACCAACAAAACCAUUCAAACAAUGCAUCUCUGUCCCUGUCUUCCAAGAAUCGACUGCAAGAAUAUUGCCAACGUCUCAAAAAAGCCCUUCCUCAAUAUAAAACUGCUUUAAAUAGUGAUAAAACUAGGGUGUCUACAGUAAUUGUUGAAGGUGUGCAUUAUCAAGGUGAGGCAAAAGUGUUUAAGAAAGAAGCAGAAUUAAGUGCAGCUUCAAUUGCACUUAAAGCUUUAGGGUUAGCAGCUUAAAAAACUAUCAUUGAAAUUCAAACAAUGGUGCUCAGCUAUUCAAAUUAAAACAGACAAUAAUGUUCGCUUAUUCAAGAAUAGCAAAUUUUUUUAAAGUAAAAAAAAACAACAGAUUUACAAAAAAACAGACACCCUGUUUUGUACUGUUAAGGAUAUUGUUUAUGUUAUGUAGUCUUUUUCUAGCAUUUCGAUGCUCAGCAUAAACAAAUUGUAAAUUUUAGCAUUUUCAAAGAAGACAUAUAUGUAUACUUAUAUAUAUAUAUAUAUAUAUAUAUAUAUAUAUAUAUAUAUAUAUAUAUAUAUAUAUAUAUUAUAUAUAUAUAUAUAUAUAUAUAUAUAUAUAUAUAUAUAUAUAUAUAUAUAUAUAUAUAUAUAUAUAUAUAUAUAUAUAUAUAUAUGUAACUUUAACAGUAAUAUUUGAAGAAGAAUCUGUAGUUGUGCAAUCAUCAUCAUUUUUAUGGAGUAUAGACUUCUUGUAACUUUUUGUGGCUUAUUAUGUUUACGAGUCAGAUUUUAUGAGUCAGAAAUUUUUAACUAUUGGAUAAAUUUUUGUUAGUCUGAGAUUUUCAAAAGUUCUGUAUUUCAUAAGUAUAAAUUUGAUUUUCUGAAUGAAAUAAAAGUAUUUUUUUUUUAAUAAUCUUCAUUUGUUUUUAAAAAUGUUUUCUUUUUAAACUAAAACAAAUUAAAAAUUUUCUAGCUGCAAUUAAUGCUUUCUCCAUUAUAAAUAUAGUUUAAAUGAGUUAAAAAAAAACAUCCAAGUGGUACCCUCAAUAGCAUUUCGAGUUUCACUAUCACCAGUUUACUCUUCUUUUACUUUACCAGUUUAAAUAUUAUAAAUGUUAAAUUGAAUUUGUAAAUUUACUCCAGUAGCCAUCAGCAGUUAAAUAAUGUAAAAUAGUCUAUACCAUCUAA